UGUUGUUGGCCCGAAUACAUGACCCACCCCAGAUCAUUACGGCCAUUUAAAUAUUAAGAAUACGAAUACAAGAAUAGGCAUCAGUCGUGUCGUCACGUCGUCACGUCUUCAGUCGUCAGUCGUCAGUCGUCAAUCGCAACGGUAGCCGAUAGUACAUACAUUUUCGAAUUGACAAUUCGCCAUUACGCACGCUCCCGCUAUUCUUCCGUCUCUUUCUGGCCAUCGGUGUCUCUAGAUCUUGAAACGUUAGUCGUGAUACGUAACUGGGAAAACACGUGCGAGAGAAAAGCCAGGUAUUACAACUCCUCAACGAGGACAACGAUGCUUAGUAAAAAAACUAAGUCUAGGAAGAAGACGGCAGCCGCCGCGUCCUCCGCGACAAACGUCCCGUCCUCCACAACAAUCGCCGCCUCGUCGUCGUGGAGUAGUAUGCAAUCGCCGCCGAGCACGUUGACGCCGAUCGUCAGCCGACAGCCUGGCAGCCCGCUCAGCCUCAGCGAUCGGGCAUCUUACAUCGAAGCGAUACGUUACCUCGAAUGUGAGAACUCUCGGUUGAAGCGGGAGAUGCAAACCACCCAGGAAACCGUCACUCGGGAGAUAUCCAACAUCGAGGCCGUGUAUAGCCUCGUACUCUCUAACAAGCGGAAGCUGCUCGACGAGGCGGACACGGAACGCGUCAAGCUCGAGCUCAAUAUCAAACGCUUGCGGGAUGAUAACGGAGAUCUCAAGAGCAAAUUGGAGAAGAAAACAAAGGAUUUGCAGAUAGCAGAGCGAAAUGCAAUAAUACAUGAAAAACGCAGUGAUUUGCAAUCGCCGGCGAAACUUACUGAGAAAGAUCAAGAUUCGAAGAAGGAAAGUGAUCGAUCGAAAGCAUUGCUCGACGCUCUGAAACACCAGGAGAAGGAGCGAAUCGAUUUUGCAAACGUUAUCAUAUCACGUGUCUUGUGUAUAUCGUGGGAAAAACCUAUAGAGGGAAGAAUAUUUCUGCCGCAAACGGCAGCAUACACGCAAACACAGAGACUUUUGGACUUUAGCGAUAUUAUCAAUCAGGCAUUGAUGGAGAUUUUAUGCAUAUUCUCGAGAGAGGAAGAUCCUUUGAAAGACAUCACAGUAGACACAUCAUCCGACCGUGAAGACAGUCCGAAUAGCCAAGCGAGUCCUUUGAUAAGUCCUGCUGUGGCUCCUUCAUUUUAUCAAUUACCGACUAUACCAUUAUUCAUAGGCGACAGCUCAUCACAACCGAAAAGUUUUACUUAUUUAUUAGAUUGUUAUUCAAGAAUUGCAAUUGAAGAAAGAAAUCAUGAAGAGCAAUCCAGUGUACCUCCUCUUUCCGAUGUACUGACAAUUUUGAGAGCGCAAUGUGUUCAGUAUUCCAGUCUUGUUCUACAAGGGUUGAUCGGCAUUUGCCAAGCUGCUGUUAUACCUAAGUGCACCAUUCAUCUUCUCUAUCCGAUAUUAUCGCAAAACUUACCUCGGGGCUAUCUUUGCGAGCUCGUGGUUAGGACACACACGAAUCCGAACACAUUCAAUAAAAUUUUCACUCCAGUCUUGCAAGGUCUGUAUCUCGCGAUGCAGCAGACGAGCUUGAGCUUGGACGACAAUAUGCAUAGACCGAUCGAGGCGCUAGGCGAACUGAUAGAGAUUCGCUGUGGACCAAGCGGCAAUAUACGUCCGAUUUGCCGUCUGAUAACGAAUCAAGUUCAAUUCUUGCCUGACGUGACAUCUGCAGCCGGUAGAGAGCUCAUAAAGACCUCGUUUCUGGGACCGUUUCUCUCGCUAUCGGUAUUUGCCGAAGAACAACCGAAAAUGAUGGAAUUCUUUAGCGGAGAUUAUCAGAUAGAUGUAGCGAAAGAGUUCUUCCUGCAGUACCAGUUGGAGAUUACCAGACAGUCGUUGCACAAGAUAUUUGAUGCGAUACUCGCGAAUAGCAACUGCCGCGAUGCCACUCUUGCAUACUUGGCAGCGUUGCUACGUCACAACGAGAAACGCGCGCAAAUACAGACGGAGGAGGACAGUUCGUUCUUGGCCGGAGAUGGAUUUAUGUUGAAUCUACUAUCGAUUUUGCAAAUGCUCUCUGUGAAGAUCAAACUGGACACUGUAGACCCGCUGUAUCCAUUUCAUCCUUCCAGCUUCGUCGAGAUAAAAAACGAUACAAGACUGAAACUCACUUCGCAAGAAAUUGCAGAAUGGCAGCAAUAUUUGGAGAGUACACAUAAGUAGACAGAACCGAACUUUUCGACACAAUGUUGGUUCCUCACGCUGCAUUAUCAUCACAUUGCGCUGUUACCGGCAUUGCAAAACUAUCGGAGAAAACUGUCGGCCUUAAAGGAUUUACAAAAAAUGCUCUGCGAACUGCAAGUCACAGAACCCCAAUGGAGAGAUAGUCCUAUAGCAGAGCACAAUAAAGACUUGAUCAAAGAAUGGAAGCAACAGUUGAAGCGAUUGGUUAAAUCCACAUCAUGUACGACAACAGGUGUGAAUCAUUGCAUCCUUUUGAAAAGAUGCUUACACUUUUAUAUAUCGGUCGCCGAGUUUCUGCUGAGUCUUCUAACGCAGACUGCUUCGAGUAAUCCUCUUCCUGAACUUCCGUUGCUUCAAGAAAUUACGUGCAAAUUCACCGCAUUACCGGAAUGGUAUAUGGAAGACAUAGUGGAAUUCUUGUUAUUCACAUUCAAAUACUACAAGCUUUCUCAAGUAAACUGGAAUGAAGUGGAUAAAUCGCCGCUUAUCACUUUGUUACUCGUCGUUGUGUGUACGCCACAUUGUAUACGAAAUCCGCAUCUAAUCGCAAAAAUCAUCAAGCUUCUUUAUAAUAUAUAUUUGUUAUAUAAGGAUCAGGUUACGUUGAAAUCAGCUUAUAAAUUGAAAAUGGAAAACACUUUUGGCCAUAAAGUCAUGGCACAUCCUAUAUCCAAGACAUUUCUGGCGUUGUCUCUCAUGAAAUUUUGUACCGACGUUGAACUCAUUGACACUAAUUCCGAAUUUGAGGACAAGUUUACAAUACGUUAUCACAUAAGUGUGAUCUUAAAUUGGAUGUGGGAUAAUCCGAUGCAUCGAGCGUCUAUCGUCAAUGAGAGUAAUAACGGCAAGCACUUCGUCAAGUUUAUCAACAUAUUGAUGAAUGAUACUACUUUUCUGCUGGAGGAGGCUCUGGAAUAUCUGAACUAUAUACUUGAGAUGGAGGAAUUUAUGUCCGACACUAUCGCAUGGAAUGCUGUUUCGCACGAGGAACAACAAUCGAGCACGAGACAGCUGGUGGCGGACGAGGAAAAAGUCAGAUUUUCUCUUAAAUUAGUCAAGGAAAUAGUUGCUAUGUUUCAUUAUUUAACGGUCGACAUUAAGAAACCAUUUCUACGACCAGAAUUAGUCGGACGAUUGUGUGCCAUGCUGAAUUCUAAUUUGCAACAGUUGUGCGGACCUAAGUAUGAAAAUUUGAGAGAGAGAAAACUGGAAAAAUACGGAUGGCAACCAAGGACUUUACUCAGUCAGUUGGUUGAUAUAUAUUUACAUCUUGACUGUGAUGAUUUUGUGGCUGCUUUAGCCAGUGAUGAACAUUUGUUUUGUAACGAGUUAUUCACCGACGCUGCGAAUAAACUAGAAAGAUCCGCCAUUAAAACUACGACGGAAAUUGAUAGGUUCGUAGCUCUCGCUGAGCGUGCGGCAGUAAUCGCAAGAGACAAUCGUGCGCGUGGCGACGCUCCUGAAGAAUUUCGGGAUCCAUUGAUGGACACUCUUAUGGAGGAUCCAGUCAAGCUACCGUCUGGUAUUGUUAUGGACAAAGCAGUUAUCAUUAGACAUUUACUCAACAGUGCCACGGAUCCUUUCAAUCGGCAGCCGCUUAGCGAAGAUAUGCUCACGCCAAGUAAGUACAUGUACUGUUCAUAUUUUUUUCUUUUUUGAUAAAGUCAAGUUUCU